AUGGAGGAAAUUUCCAUCGUGGAUAUGAAGGGUGCCGAUUGUCUCAGUGCAAAAGAGCAUCAUCGCCAGCUGGGAAACGAGAUUGGCGGGGCAUUGAAGGGAAUCGGGUUCGUGUACCUGCUCAACCACGGCAUCCCUGACUCGCUGCUCCAGUCCAUCGACCGGUCGGCUCGCGCCUUCUUUGCGCUGCCGCUGGAGACCAAGAUGAAGUGUCACCGCUUCGUGCGUAACGGCGUCAACGGCUACAUGCCGAUACAGGAGGAGGUGCUGUCGCGCUCCGAGGCCGCCGGCAAGAGCCAGUACGAACUGAAGGAGUCGUGGGACAUGAAGCCUUGCGGCGAGGACCUGCCGACGGCCGACGCGCCCGCCUUCGGCCGGGAUCUGGUGCAGCUGAUGACGGCGUGCGAGACCCUGGGGCCGCUCAGCGGCGCUGUGCUGCGCGUCGUCCACUUCCCGCCUGUAAACGGCCGCGCACCGCCCGGAGCCGUACGCUGCGCCACCCACUCGGACUGGGGCAGCGUGACCCUGCUGGUGCAAGACCGGCUGGGCGUCCUGGAGGUGCUCAGCCGCUCCGGUCGCUGGGUAGCCGCCGAGCCGGUGCCGGGCGCCGUAUUCCUCAACGUCGGCGACCUGAUGCAAAUCUGGACGGGCGGCGAGAUUAUGGCCACCAAGCACCGCGUUCUUAUGCCUGAGGACGAGCGGCGCAGGGGCAGCGGCCGCCUCACGCUCGCCUUCUUCAGUCACCCAGACGACAUGACGACGGUGGCGCCGCCGUCGGCCGCCGCCGGCUACGCGGCCGUCAACGCCGGCCAGUACGUGGCCGACAAGUGGACCACCAGGUCUGGCCGGCGCGAGAAGACGCGGCCGCAGAUCGGACACGUGGUCUGA